AUGGCUGCUCGUCUCUUCGCACAAUCCUCUUUGAGGCUCGCCCGAGCCCAGAAGCUCCCGGCCACCGCUGCCACCUUCAACCUUCGUAACUUGGCUACUGCCGUCUCUCGCCAACCCAUCACCCAGGCCACCACCCUCUCCAAUGGUCUUACCGUCGCUACCGAGUCCAACCCUUCCGCUCAGACCGCCACCGUCGGCGUUUGGAUCGAUGCCGGCUCGCGCGCCGAGACAGAUCGCACCAACGGUACCGCCCACUUCCUCGAACACAUGGCUUUCAAGGGAACUGGCAAGCGAUCUCAGCAUGCCCUUGAGCUCGAAGUCGAGAACCUCGGUGCCCACCUUAACGCCUACACCUCCCGAGAACAGACCGUCUACUAUGCCAAGGCUUUCCGCAAGGACGUCGACAAGGCCGUUGACAUCAUCUCCGACAUUCUCCAAAACUCCAAGCUCGAAAACUCGGCCAUCGAGCGCGAGCGCGAUGUGAUCCUCCGUGAACAGGAGGAGGUUGACAAGCUCAAGGAGGAAGUCGUCUUUGACCACCUUCACUCGGUUGCCUUCCAGGGUCAGCCCCUUGGCCGCACCAUCCUGGGCCCCAAGAAGAACAUUCUCUCCAUCAAGCGCGAGGACCUUGCUGAGUACAUCAAGACCAAUUACACUGCUGACCGUAUGGUUCUUGUCGGUGCUGGUGGUAUCGAGCACGACUCGCUCGUCAAGCUUGCCGAGCAGCACUUCGGCAGCCUUCCCGUCAGCCAGAGCCCCAUCAAGCUCGGCCAGUCCUCUUCGCCCAAGACUAGCUUUGUUGGUUCUGAAGUCCGAAUCCGUGACGAUACCUCGCCCACCUGCAACUUUGCUCUCGCCGUUGAGGGCGUUUCGUGGAAGUCGCCCGACUACUUCCCUAUGCUUGUCCUCCAGUCCAUCAUGGGCAAUUGGGACCGAUCGCUCGGCUCGAGCCCCUUACUCUCGUCGCGUCUCUCGCACAUUGUCUCCUCCAACAACCUCGCCAACUCGUUUAUGCACUUUUCCACCUCUUACUCGGACACUGGUCUCUGGGGUGUCUACAUGGUUUCCGAGAACUUCCUUCAGCUCGAUGACUUGAUCCACUUCACUCUCCGUGAAUGGCAGCGAAUGAGCACUGCUCCCACCGAAGGUGAGGUGGAGCGUGCCAAGGCUCAGCUCAAGGCCAGCUUGUUGCUCGGCCUCGACGGUACCACCGCCAUUGCUGAGGACAUCGGACGACAGCUCGUCACCACCGGCAAGAGAUACACCCCACAGGAGAUCCAGGCGGCCAUUGACUCGAUCGGCGUUGCGGAUAUCCAGCGCGUUGCCCGAACCUACUUGUGGGAUGCUGACUUUGCCCUUGCCGCACACGGCCAGGUCGAAGGUAUCCUUGAUUACAACCGUAUUCGAUCCGACCUUAGCAGCAUGGUCUGGUAA